UGUGACCGGUAAACGACAGCUGACGGUUAUGGGGACGUAAGUAGGGAGUUUCAUUUUUACAGCCGUAAGUCGUGAAUCUGCUAGUUUUAUGGGAGGACACGGCUUUCGGUGGGAGCUGUAAUUGUAGGGAUUUCAGUUCGGCUGCGGAGGCCGCUUUUGUACGGCUAUCAGCGCGGUCCUGCGAGCCGCUUUUGUCGGGCUUUCGGCGCACUCGUACGGACUGCCUCAGUCGGGCUUCCGCCUGCUGCCCGGAAGGGAUCGGAAAACAGGGGAAGCGUCACGGCCUUCGGAGGCCCGAAGCACAGCAGGGAAGGAGGGGAAGAAAAGAAAAGAAAGAAGACAGAAAGAAAGGACCCGCUGGCUGCCAAACGGGGGAAUUUACCGAGGAACCUGAGCAGCUCGCCGCCUCCCUUCGGUACCCGCGAUCCGCUUUGUCUUAAGUUACCGGAACCAGCCGAGGUCGGACCGAUGAUCGCUAGCCGGUACUGAUAACUGGGUCAGCGUGCACUUCGAUUAUUAUUAACCAGCGAGCCUGAAUGAACCACAGCAAUCGACCAGUUUCCUAGAUUGCCAGGGCUCUGCCAGUAAUAAAAGGACCGAAGAGGAGAAGAUUAAGUAAAGUCAGACGCCAAAAUGACCAGCUCACCAGCUGCUAGGAUAGUUCACAACUACAAACGGACCUCCAGUCCUCGAUCCCCUACUAACACAGGGGAGCUCUUCACGCCAGCGCAUGAGGAGAACGUGCGUUUCAUCCAUGACACCUGGCAGUGUGUUAUGAGAGACGUCAAGUCCUCCCAGAACAGUGAUCGAGGACCUCAGGAAUAUGUGGAAAAGAACCCAAACCCUGCCCUGCAUUCUUUCACACCAGUCGACCUCAGUGACAUCAAAAGGCGAAACACACAGGAUUCCAAAAAGUCUUAGCUGUCCGUCCUAACUUGUCUGCCUUUCCCUGAGACACUCUUCCAACGAUCCUUUUUAUCAGCUGACCAGCCAAUUGACCAGUCCCAGGACGGCCUGUGUUCUCGGCUCCCAGCACUGCUUACUGGCCCUUCUACAGCUACAGUACAGUGACUGACCCCAUUUCCUGGCCCUGCUGCAUCGGAACGUCACGUCGACAUCUCGCUGACACCCUCAGAGCUUUGCUCUGUUUGACUUCUGAUUUUUGGCUUCCCUAUUGGGGAGGUGAGAGAUCAAGGGAGAGUUAGCAUUGUGUUUUUCACUGUGGUGAUUCUUUCCACUUGAUUCCUGGAUAUAUUGUGGCAGUGGGAAAAAUGACACUUGUUGGAAUUGGGUUAUUGCAAAUUGUUUUUCAUGCAAAAUGUAUUAUUGGAGCUAAAGCAGACUAUCAGGAGGGUAGUGCUGAUUAGCUGAUUUUAAAGGUCAAUCCACUUAUUUUCUCUUGGCAGGUUUACAGUCUUACUGUUUGCUCUGCUGAUUUUCCUGACUACAUGAUUGGCAGAAUGUGAGGAUUUCUAAUGGCCGGUGACAGUUUUAGGUGAAACUAGUAUGAUAGAAUAAAGACGUGGUGAUGAGAUUGAGUUAUGCUAAGACAUUUUAGGAUCAUUUCUGACUUUUUAAAAAGUGCAGCUCCUUGCAAAAUGACGACUGCUCUAGUCAGACCAUUCAUUGUCCUACAAAAUGUAUUUAUUUUAAAGUGAUUGCAGAUGCAGAUACUAGUUACACAAUGCUGGUGUAACAGUAUCUUGCUAAAGAUCAGUUAUGAUGAAGCUGCACUUGCAGGUAUUGUGAAUUUUUUACCUUGGUUAAGCAGAGAAUUAUGUUAUAUUCAAACUCCUCCCUGUAAUAUGCUGACAAUUUCUUGUUUCCUCCUAAAAUCAUGUUUUUAGAACGUAUUUAGAACGCCUUUGUUAUUAUAUUAUAAACAAUUAAUAUAUUCCUUAUUCACCUGACUUGUUACAAUUACAUGGGAGAUUUAUGGGCAGACCUGAUAAAACUGGCAGCAUUGUUUAACAUCAGCAGAUAAUGAAUUCAGCUAGUAGAAGCUUGACAUGCUCAGCUUUUUUUGGUGUCGACGCUUGACUGCAUUGGCCUGCCACAAGUCCAUACCCUGCAAACCUUUUGCAAGGUAAUUUUUGAGAUUCGUCCUGUCCACUCAGCCCCAUUUUGUUGACUGCUAUUACGUGCUUCUGCACUAAACGGGUUUUCCAGGGUCUGUCCUGCAAUGCUGAAGCCGUCGUGUGCUGGCAUUUCAGUUUUUCUCCUCCUGCAAGCAUCCUCAUAAUCCUGUGGAAUACAGACUACCAAAGCCCGGUACGAAUGGUUUUUCUGAUGUGUCCGCUUAAGAUGGGUCGCAUGGAAAGUUCUCAUGCAUCUGAGCAGAAUUGGACUGAAUGUUGCUUAAAGUAUGUUCCAUCAUUAGGAUUCUGGUUCUUCCUCAAUGCCAACUCAGGAAGGCAUGUUUUUGUUUUCAUUUUGUUUUCCUACAUGAUUUGCUAAAAUGAUGGAGUGCAAAUGGUUUUUGCAAAUGGAGAGAAACUACAAGUCCCGAGAAGUUCAAAAAGCCGUAUCUGCUAAAGAAUUGUGUAAAUAAAGCUUUCAUAAGAGAUACACAAAAUAGUUGGGUUUCUUUAAUGGAAAAAAAAAAAAACAUGUAACAAAGCCUGAAAUCUGCUUUGGACCCUUUGCCGUGGACUCAGGGACGGAUUAUGGGUUGUGUGGGCCCCUGGGCAAAACGUUCGCG